AUGAGCGAAGACCACGGGCCGAAUCCUCCAGAAGUUUCUGUAUCCAGAGAAACAACUGCUCGCCAGAGCUCGACUCAGUCCCGUCACGGAUUCCGUCAAACCCUGCGUAAAUUCAGGAAGAAUGUGAAUAAAAAAUUCCGUCGAACCCUGCGGAAAUUCAAGAAUGUGAAUAAAAAAGUUUUUAAACACUUCAAGGGUACCCGCCACCAAAACCUCGUUGUCCAGAACGCCGGUCAUGAAGGUGCUUCAUCGAGUCGGAAUAUCGAGGAGGCGUCGCGUUUGCAUACUUCCGACGAUGACCAGCCCACCACAUCUAAGAAUCUCAGUGGCUGUGAGAACCAAAGAGCGUCCGGAGAACCUGCUUCAAAGAUUCCGGAUCCCCAAUCAGUCGAUGCAGGACUUCGGAACGCCCGUGAGGGUACGAAAAGUAUGAGACUACUCGGGGGACGUGUCACUUCCGUGGUAUCCAAAGUCGAGGACGGCCCUAAAGAUCUCGCUGCCUGCAGACGAUUUCCAGACCACAUACCUUCAACCACUCAAAGUUUUUGA